AUGAGCAAAUCUGAUACCGAUUCUGUUGCCAAUGACUUGUAUCAAUUCCAUCUUCCUAGUACUAGUGGCACUAAGUACCCUGACACUGGUGUCUACUCGGACGACAAUUCCGAUGGUAAAGAUUCCGUUUACAUCCCCGAAGAGGACAACCUAGUUGAAGGUGAGGAUAGUGUUGGUAAUGUCUCCAAUAUUGCCGCCAUGAUACGAGCCGGUAGUGCCCAUUUCUCGUAUCAGGAAGACGCUGAUUUGAGAGAUAGAGAGGCCCGUGAGGAUGCUUACGAUUCAAUAAGUUCUCCUAAGGCUUCGCCGUCUUCUUCGGUGAAUUCCCGUCGCACCAGAAGAUCUUCGUUGGCUGGUGGCGACUUUAUUCCCAAAUCCACUGUCUCCAAGAAGUCUAAGAAUCCUAAGGAUCCACUGUCUCCUUCUGCUGCCCCUCCUGCCUUAACUCUUCCCGUUGCGUCCACUACAACAAUCAACACUUCCAAGGAAACGUCGACUACUUCAAGUGGUGCCAAGUUUCAGUACAAUCCGCUUACGCAUGAGUUACGCAGUGUGGCUAAGAUUGCAGCGGCUGAGGCAUCACCUCCUGUUGAUGAGUCACCUUCUAAGAUUUCCCCCAGCAUUCCAAGACGACUUCAUUUCAACGUUGCUGGUGUCUUUGCCAGUGAUGAUGGUGUGAUUCCUGAACCUCCUUCUCCUGAGCUUAUUAAGAUUUAUAAAGAUCUGGAUUGGGCCAUGAAGACCAGAGCCAAGUACCAGCAGUUGUCCUUUCAAAAUGACGGUGACAAUCCGAAAAAUCAAGACGAUUGGAAGAUUUACCCCAGACCUCCCCCACCUUUCUGGCGUAAGGGUGAUCAGUAUGCCCUAGACAGAUUACUGGACGAAGGUGAUGAGACCGCUGAUGCCUUUGAUCUCUCCAAGUGUGAAAUUCCAGGCUUGGAUACCGACCAUGAUUUUACCAUCAAUAAGGAGGACGUAUUUCAGGUGAUAGACAAACUCACAGAGGAGCCCGUUUCCUAUAUUCCUACCAUCAAGGAUUAUUAUUUGGAUAUGGAAAGGCUGAUCAACAUUGCGUCUGACGGACCUACCAAGUCCUUUGCUUUUAGACGGUUAGAAUUCUUGGAAGCCAAAUGGAACUUGUACUAUCUUUUGAAUGAUCACGAGGAGACCUCUGAGUCCAAGAGAAAUCCUCAUAGAGACUUUUACAACGUUCGUAAAGUAGAUACUCACGUUCAUCACUCAGCAAGUAUGAACCAGAAGCAUCUUCUUCGGUUUAUCAAGCAUAAGAUGCGUGAGUGUCCAGACGAAAAGGUGAUUAAAAGAGACGGUAAAGUUCUGUCACUUUUCGAGGUGUUUGAAUCUUUGCAUUUGACUGCCUACGAUUUGAGUAUUGACACUUUGGACAUGCACGCCCACAGAGAUACGUUUCAUCGGUUCGACAAGUUCAACUUGAAGUAUAAUCCUAUGGGAGAGUCUCGUUUACGUGAGAUUUUCCUUAAGACAGACAACUACAUUAAUGGAAGAUACCUUGCAGAAAUUACCAAAGAAGUGUUUUGUGACCUUGAGGCUUCCAAAUAUCAGAUGGCUGAAUACAGAAUAUCUAUUUAUGGUAGGUCAAUCGAUGAGUGGGACAAACUUGCCUCCUGGGUUAUUGAUAACAAGCUAUUUUCGCAUAAUGUACGCUGGUUGGUCCAAAUUCCAAGGUUGUACGAUGUGUACAAGAAGAAUGGCAUAGUGACCAACUUCCAAGAAAUUGUUAUCAAUCUUUUCAGGCCACUCUUUGAGGUGACUCGGGAUCCUUCCUCGCACCCUAAGUUGUAUGUGUUUUUGCGGCGUGUCAUUGGCUUCGAUUCCGUCGAUGAUGAAUCAAAGACCGAUAGACGUUUCCACAAGAAGUUCCCAUUCCCUCGGAAAUGGGAUUCGGAGUACAACCCUCCUUACUCUUAUUAUAUUUAUUACAUGUACGCCAACAUCGCCUCUUUGAAUGUUUGGAGAAAGCUUAGAGGCUUUAACACUUUCGUUCUAAGACCUCAUUGCGGUGAAGCUGGUGACCCUGAGCAUUUGAUUUCUGCCUAUCUCACCUCUGAAGGUAUCUCCCAUGGUAUUCUGCUAAGAAAAGUACCAUUUGUUCAAUACCUAUUUUAUCUGAGCCAGAUUGGAAUUGCCAUGUCGCCACUUUCCAAUAAUGCUCUUUUCCUAAACUAUGAGAAAAAUCCAUUUCCGGCUUAUUUUAGACGUGGAUUGCAAGUUUCAUUGUCUACUGACGAUCCCUUGCAGUUCUCUUAUACCCGUGAACCAUUAAUUGAGGAGUAUUCAGUGGCUGCACAAAUUUGGAAACUCUCCAAUGCAGAUAUGUGUGAGUUGGCCAAGAACUCUGUGUUUAUGAGUGGCUUUGAGAGGCAGCUUAAGCGUCACUGGCUUGGUUCGAAAUUCAAUGUUCUGGGAUCAGACGGUAACAAUGUUGAGAAGACCAAUGUUCCCGAUAUUAGACUGAUUUACAGGGCAGAGACGUUGAAGACUGAGACUGACCUUGUUUCUUAUUACUCAUCUCUGGAUUAUAAAGAAUGA